UGUUUUGGCCAAGGAAAUGUGAGAAGUGAAGUGUUUUGCUUCCACUUUAAGAACCAGUAUAUAAUUUGCCAAGAUCCCUUUCUGCUGCCAUGGCAACAGGCAACAUACUAGAUAAUAGAGGUUCCACCAGCUGAGGACCAUGUAAAGCAGAGCCUCAGAUGACUCAUAAAGGAUACAUAGCAUGAGUGAAAAAUGAAUCUUCAUAUCCUUGAGGGAUUUGGGAGUUGUUUGUUACUGCAACAUCACCUAGUCUAUCCCUCCUGAUUUACACCAAAGCUCACAAAAUGCUAAAGCUUAAAGGAGAACUGAGAGCUUCCAAGGGACUGAAAGGUGAGGUGGGUGAGAGAGACAGAGAAGUGGAAAGCCUGAACAGUAAGCUCCUGAGCCUACAACUUGACAUCAAGAAUCUGCAUGAUGUCUGUAAAAGGCAAGGGAAGACUUUGCAGGAGAACCAGCUUUGUGUGGAGGAGGCCAUGAUGAACAGCAGCCAUAACAGGAAGCAGGCACAGACAUUAGUAAUUGAGGAGUCCCAGAUUGAUUUUGGGUCUGCUAAAGAGUGUCAUCUGAGACAACUUCAGCAACUGAAGAAAAAACUGCUGGCCCUUCAGCAAGAACUGGAGUUUCGCACAGAUGAGUUGCAGACUUCCUACUGUUCUCUCCUGCAGUAUCAGUCCAUCCUGGAGAAGCAGACUUUUGACCUGGUUCUUCUUCACCAUCACUGCAAGCUGAAAGAAGAUGAGGUGAUUCUCUAUGAAGAGGAAAUGGGAAAUCAUAAUGAGAACACAGGAGAGAAGCUUCAUUUGGCACAAGAGCAGCUUGCCUUGGCUGGGGACAAGAUUGUCUCCCUAGAAAGAAGCUUAAACCUCUACAGGAAUAAAUAUCAUACUUCCCUAAGCAACAUUGAGUUACUGGAGUGCCAAGUGAAGAUGUUAGAAGGGGAGCUCAGCGGGCUCAUCAGUCAGGAACCAGAGAACACGGGUGAUCACCCAAAAGUUCAUAUAUACACUUCUUCCUGCAUGAUUCAAGAGCAUCAGGAGACCCUGAAACAACGCUCUGAAGUCUGGCAAAAGGUCUCUGAACAGGAUGAUCUAAUCCAGGAGCUUCGAAAUAAGCUAGCCUGCAGUAAUGCUUUGGUUCUGGAGCGUGAAAAGGCUUUGAUAAAAUUACAAGCAGAUUUUGCUUCCUAUACAGCCACUCACAGACAUCCUCCUAGCUCCUCAGAAGACUGUGAAGACAUAAAAACGAUCCUGAAGCACCUGCAGGAGGAGAAGGACAGCCAGUGCCUGCAUGUGGAGGAGUACCAGAACCUCGUGAAGGACCUGCGCAUGGAACUGGAAGCCGUGUCGGAGCAGAAGAAAAACAUCAUGAAGGACAUGAUGAAGCUCGAGCUGGAAUUGCAUGGGCUGAGGGGGGAGACAUCUGCCCACAUCGAGAGGAAGGAUAAGGAAACCACCAUCCUGCUACACCAGCUGCAGGAGCUGCAGUUGCAGUUUUCAGAGACCCAGAAGCUUGCUUUGAAGAAAGACAAGUUGCUCCAAGAGAAGGAUAAAAUGCUGCAUGAGCUAGAGAAGAAGCUGAGCCACAUUCAGAACUAUUUCAGGAAGAAGGAGAUGGAGCUGGAGAGCCAGCAGUGUAUAACGAAGGAACUCGAAAUGACCAGGAAAGAGGCAAACAAGGACGAGAGCAAAGUGGAGUGCGAAGCCCUAAAGGCUGAUGUCCAGAAGCUGACAGACAGUCUGGAAGAGGCCAAGCAGCAGCAGAGGCUGGCAGCUCAACAAGCAGCACAAUAUAAGGAAAAGACCAGGCUGGCAGAGCAGAACCUGGACGGUGUUGAGAAGAAACUUCAGAGCUGCAUUUAUGAGGACAAGCAGAAGGCAAACACCAUCCAAGAGCAGCAAAGAGAGCUGCAGAAGCUGCAGAAGGAGUCCUUGCUGGCUGAAGAGGAACUGUCACAUAACAGGAAACGGGUAGAAGAGCUAACCUCAGAAGUUGCUGAGAUUCUAAAGAAGUUGGAAAAUGCAGACAAGGAAAGGAGAAAGCUUCAGAAGACAGUGGCUGAGGACGAAGUAAAAAUAAAUGAAUUACAAGAUCAGGCCAGACACUUUCAGCACCAGCACAAGGACCUAUUAUCUGCCAAAAGCAAGCUAGAAGAUGACAUUCAGGAGGUAAGGAAGUUACUGGAGGAGAAAAAAGAGCAGCUGAAAAAGAGCAAAGAACAGGAGAAGCUGCUGGAGGAAGAACUUGAGGUUGUUCGACAGGAAGAAAAAAAGAAGGACAAAAUGUUAAAAGAGAAGCUGAGAAAGCUAGAAGAGGAAAACGAGAAUCUCCGAGAAGAGUUGGUGCAUUAUUCUACACAACUGGAAGCCUCUAUCAGCAAAUACAAUGCCACCCAGCAAGUCAUUCAAGAAUUGAACAUACAGAUAACCCACCAGAAGGUAUCCAUAAUGAGUCUGAAGACCCAGCUAGAGCAGGCCGUGAAAAAAGAGAACCAUUAUCUCCAGACCAUGGUCACUAAAGAAGUCUAUGAAGACUUAUCCCGGAAGUCAGCUGCCUGCCAAGAUGACCUGACACAAGCCCUGGAGAAGCUCAAUCAUGCAACCUCAGAAACCAAGAGCCUGCAGCGAAACUUGUUACAGACCCAAGAGAGGAAAACUCAGCUGGAAGAUGAAAUUCUUGCUUAUGAGGAGAGAAUGAAAAAGCUCAAUGUGGAAUUAAAAAAACUGCAAGGCUUCCACCAGGAGAGUGAGAUAGAGGUGCAUGCCUUUGACAAAAAGCUAGAGGAGAUGAGCAACCAGGUGAUGCAGUGGCAGAAGCAGCACCAGAAUGACCUCAAGAUGCUGGCAGCGAAAGAGACUCAGCUCAGGGAGUUCCAGGAGGAAAUGGCCACCCUGAAAGAGAACCUCCUUGCAGAUGAGAAGGAGCCCUGCUGCCUGCCUCCUCGAUCUGUGCCCAAAGACCCCUGUAGGCUCCACCGAGACAACGAUCAGAUUAUGUGCAACAUGGAACAGUGGGCAAAAGAGCAAAAGAUCACCAAUGAGAAACUAGGAAACAAGCUCCGUGAACAGGUCAAAUACAUCGCUAAGCUGACUGGUGAAAAGGACCACCUCCAUAAUGUAAUGGUCCAUCUGCAACAGGAAAACAAGAAGCUGAAGACUGAGAUAGAAGAAAAGAAAAUGAAAGCCGAGAACACAAGGCUGUGCAGAGCCCUAGGCCCGAGCAAACUGGAGCCCACACAAAGAGGGAAAGUGUGUGGUGCAUUGGGCUGGAGGGGGACAGCCCAGGACACGGGCUGGAGAAUGGGCAUCACCAAGUAUGUUGGGAUGCCCCAGUGCUCAGGUACAUCUGCCAUGUCUUUUGUUACGGUGAUGUUCCCCUUUUUAGUCCCAUGUGCCAAAACAACAGUGUGAUAUUAUUUUUUCAAAGAUCACUAGAUGGAGAAUUCACAGAAGAAAACAGGUCAGUCGUGAUCUCAAGUCAUUUGUUUAGCUACCCUGGACCAAUGAUAAUUGGUCUCUGUAGAGGAAAGAAGCAAAUUAAAGCCCAUUCUGAUGUAAGACUGUUGAUGAUGCCCUGGUACCUCAUAUCUCAGACCCAUCCCCUCCCCUGACCCAAUAUUUUUUGAGAAGUGUGGGCAAAGAGAAAACAGGCAUCAUCCUCCAGUUUUGAAAGCCCCGCAAGAGCAUCCCAUCCCCACCCAGCCUGGUCCACAGCUACUUUUCCUGCCACUUCUAAACAAAAUGUUACACAAGAGGGAAGAAGUCACCCCGCAGCAGAGCUGCCUGGCCAUGAGGCCAGUCCUUGAGGAAUCACAUCAUUAAUUUCUCCUCAAACCAAAACUCUCACUUCCUCCCUGUUCCUCAGGUUCCUCCUAUUGCUAGAAUCAGCAUCUUUUCCCUGAGCAUCAUUUCUGUCUGAGUUUUCAAAGGACCAUGAGUUCCCAUUGUUCUUGAUUUGGAUCAGCUCUUCCGGGAAUAUAUCAAGGUCCCAGCCGAUUUUGCAAGAUGCUAACAUUUUACUAAGUUUCAUCCACUUCAUGCAAGGGAAGGAGCAAGCCUUGAAACCAUACUUCCACCUCCAGGCCCAAACUCUACAAUAAAGACAUGAGCACAGCAGUUGUCAGAGUGCUUGGUUCUUGCAGACAUCUCUGCCCCACCAGCCCUCAGGAACACCGUUGUCUCUUUUUUCUCCAGAUUCUAAGAUACUGGUCCAAAGCAAGCUUCUGAAUUAUCUGAAUUCAUUUUUAAACCAACAAAGUUAACUCCUUUUAUUUGUUCCAUCUCUUAAAUAGAAAAAAAAAAAUCUACAAACCCUUUUUCCAAGAAAGAAUGUAAUCCUGAGACCCAACUGAAAGCAAAAGAAAUAAGGGAUAUAUUUUCCAAGGAAGAGAGCAAGAGGAAGCCAUCUGCUUCCUCCCUGGCUGCCAUAUUACGUUCCUCUUUUUAAUAAUUUCAUUUUUCUCCCCAGCCACCUCAAUACAAGUAAAAUUCCAUUAUAACAAACUCUAAGGACAGGUAAACUAUUUUAUUGUGGUAGGAUUUUGUUUAACUGAGUACAUGUCUAGAAUUUGUAUUUCUAGUCUGUAGGAAAUGGAAACAAAUAGCUACUAGGGUAAAGAAUGAAAAAGCUUGCAUUUCUGAGGAGGCAGGAAAAGCGAAGGAAGAAACCUAAGCUUGACAAUGAUUCUUAAAUAUUCCUUCCUCCAUCCCCAGCCAAAUAAACACCAAGAAAAUUCACCACUAAUAGUCGCUUGUUUCAUAGAAUGACCCUUCCAGGACUUGGAAAGGGCAAGUUCAGAAGUGUGAGGUAGGGUGAUGAGCAUCUCUGGUAGUUUCUGUCUCAAUGUGGUUGUCUGUUUAUGUGCUUUUGACUGUCUCAUUUGGUUUAGACUGGAAAACUUGGUACUGUUGAAAUUGCUGCGUAGUCCUAGGCAUGGAUCAUUUAUUCAAACAAAAAUUCAAAGUCAUUAAAAUCCCAUCUGGUCUACUAAAAAGGUACUUUAUCUCUUUAAGUUCCAAAAAGUUUCAUGUAUGUUGGCUAAAAUUACAACCCUUGGGGAUUUUGAAUGUACUUUUUU